GAAAACUCAAAACACGAUCAUUUCAAUGUCCAUCUUACAGAAAGAUCCGAGAGUUGUUUCUGUUGUGUUUACAGUGAAUCAAAAUGUGUCACGGUUUUGUUCCAAAUGGGGAGUUCGAAGUCUAUCUACCCCUUCUUCCAACAAAUACGGUUUGCCUAUUUUUCGCGAUCUUCUAAGAAAAGCUCAAAGCAGUUACCCUGGCUAUCUGAUUACUUAUAUCAAUAGCGAUAUUCUUAUUAGCCCCCGAGCAAUAAAAGUGGCACUAGCGAUGUCAAAAUCGUUAACACCAGGCAAAUAUUUCUUUGGUUCACGAGUUCUUUCUGCAAAUAUGGGCAGUUUAUCUGCUAUGUCAAUUCUGAAUUAUCAACAUUUUUUAAAUAAAGCCAUCGGAGUUAUGCGUCAUUAUCGAUCUUGUGAUGUUUUUAUAUUCCCUCCUGAGUUUGAUUUCUCGUUUUUAGGUCAAGUGGUCGUUGGAAGAUGGUAUAUUGAUAAUGUGGUAAUGGACCACAUUCAUCUCAAUCAUUAUGACUUGAUCGAUCUAACCCACACAAUUUCAGUUCAUCAAGGAUUCGAAACUUCAGGCUCAAAGACCAGAUUAGCUGGAGAGGACUUCAAUUGGAACAAAAGAUAUUUGCAUUCUAAAAACAUUGAGAAGACCUUUUUUCUAUAUAAUAAAUUAGUAUGUUAUUAUUCUGUUUGUUUGGUUAUUUUUUUUCUUUUACUUUAUUGUUGUCAAGUCUUUUCUCAUCAGGAAUCGCUUAACAUACUUCAAACGAAUUCAUAG